AUGCCGUUCAGAAAUCUGCAGACCCACUACCCCAGACUGCCUAACUUGAACAGCAUCGGCCGAUCGUCCGGCAUCGACAUGGAGGAGCCCCCGCAAGAUGUCAUGGACGAUAAUUCAAAGUCGGACGAACAAGCUGAUGAUUUUAGUUUAGAUUCUGCGUCUGAUCUGAUUGAGAAGUUUCAAACUUGCUUUUCCUACUUGCACACGAGCAAAGGAAAUAUAAAUUACUUGAAUAAUUUCAAUGACCAGCAGAAGCAACUUCGCCUGCUGCAUUGUUGGAAGGGCGCAGAGAUGGCAAAGCAGGUGGGGGUCAUCUGGCGAAAAAUGAAGGAGCUGUCCCUGUUGGAUCUGCAGAGAAACAUACUGCAAGAUCUGGAAUGUUCCAAACAUCUGGAGAAGAAAAUUAGUUUGUUGCUGUUUGAAGACAUUGUGCAGUGGAAGACGAUCUGCGAGAAUAAAAUUAAUGGUCCCAUUAAAACAAACAUCGUCGAACUGGCCUAUGUUUGUGAUGAAUUGAGACACUUUAACUACCUAAUCACGCAAUACAACACGUUCCAUUCGACAUUCUCCUACAUCCACUUCUUGGGGGUCCAUAACAAUAAUAAUAAUAAAUAUCAUAAUUUUGUUUGUGACAGUAGAAAUAGUUCCAUUCCAUAUUUACUGUUGUCCGACCUGCUUACGAUCCUUGCAUACGAGAGGUCGAAGUAUGCGGCCGUCUCGUGCAAGGAGUACCUCUUCGGAACGAAAGAAUUACAUGCUACUCUUAAAAUUUUCAGCAAAUUCCUGGGGAGAACGAACGCCAACAACAGCAACAUCCUCCAUCAACAACAGCAACAACAUCAUCAUCAGGAAUCCUAUCUGGAGGAUGAUGAGGACAACAAUGAGGAUGUCGUCUCGUACGUCAUGGAGUUGCAUGCGGAGCCGAUUUUCUCCUCCUACUCUCCAGUUUUCGACUUUCUGCGAAGGGAAAGAAGUUUCAUAGAAAAUUUUCUUCACACCGUCUGUCACAUCACUACUCUUCUCGACUUUGAAAAAGUAAACAACAUCAGUGGUGGUAGUAAUAGUAAUAGUAAUUUUGCUGGUAGUAGUAGUUGUAGCAAUGUUGCUGGCAGUAGUAAUUGUGCAAGUGAUGGUUAUAGUAGUGGUGGUGCUAGUAGUGAUGUUGGUGCUUCAGCAGUCGAUGUGGUACGUACCGGUAAGAAGGAAGUGGUUGCCGAUGUCAUUACAGUUGUGUCUGCCGAUGCUGAUGAUGAUGGCGAAGUUGCUGGUGUGGGUAAUGAUCAUAAGAAUAACAAUAGUGACAGAUUGGGUUUAGCUUUUUUGAAGCCAAGUCCCAACUGCAAGAACAACAACAAUGCAACAACUACAACGUCAAUUUUUUAUAGCAACAACAAGACAGCAACAACAACACUAAAGACAUUAACUCCCAUAGGCAGUUGCUCGCCAUCGUCAGCAUCUCGAACGCCGUCUCCAACCACCUCACAGCCGCUACAACACAAAAAGUCAAAAACCGUCUCGUGGAAUGAUACUCGACUUACUAAACAGGUCAAUCAGCUGAUUGACAGCUACUUCAAGUGCGUCUGGAGCAGCUUCACGAUCAACUUUCAAAACUUCCUAGAACAUUCUCAACUACUCUGCAAUCCUGAUAACGAUACCGACAACAACAAUAAUAAUAAUAAUAAACCCGGAAGUUAUAGUAGUAGUAGCAAUCGCAGUAACAGUAGUGCUAGCAGUUGCGGUGCGGAUGUUAAGGACGGCUAUUUGGUGAUUAGUCAGGGGAUUUCCAACAACGAUGUUGUGCCUAUGGUGGUUUCCAAGCUAUUUUUAGCGUCUGUUGUGCAUGAGGCCUUCCCUCGCCUCUUGCACUCCUACCUCCUGCACCUCUCCGCCAAGUACUCCAUGCAGACAGCUGCUAUCAACUGGGUCGCUGUUGCGACAACGGCCACGUCGUCGCCACAAGAAGUGGCGUCGCUAUCGUCUUCGUUGGUGGUGCUGGAAAAUUACAUGAAGUCCUUGCAGCCCAUGCUGUACGUUCUCCAGUUGAUGGGUUUCCAAUUCAAGUCACUACAGAGAGCGAACUUGAACCUGUCAUCAUUAUCAUCGCCACAAGCAUCGUCAUCAUCACCGCUUCUACAGUCAUCAUCAUCACUGUCCUGUGUCGAUGAUUAUGAUGCUGUUAUGAAGAGAGUGAGCAUGUCGUGUAGUGAGUCGUACUUGCUGAGUAGGAGCGGUGUUAAUGGCUUCAUUCAGGCUUCCGUCACUAUUUUACCAUCACUCACCAACCACAUCGAAGAAGCAAUGAAGCUCAGUCUACACAUCAUGAGGAGUGCCAGAAACAGGAACGACGAAGAUGACGACGACGAUGGCAGCGAUGAUGAUGGUGGUGCUGGUAGCAGUUACCCGAUGGUGAAAAUUGUAAAGAAGUAUAUGAAGGAGUUGGAAUUCCUACACGACAAUAUUGUGGAUCUUUCGAAUCUGUCGAUGAAGUCAUUCAAUGAGUUGUUGUACAGGAGGGCUCUGGUCUUCUUCGUCAACAACAUGCCCCCCAAAAAGAUGUGGAGGAAGAAGGAGGUGAGACACAACAAUGAGUACCUCGUCAAGUGUGUCGAGAUCUUGCUGAAGCCAAUUUUUUCAAGCACAAGGAGUCUGGCACCUGGCGACAAUUACCAGGGUGCCUGUCUACUCGAGCAAGACAUCAAUUACAUCAAGGCGUGGAUCGCUGAUGUUGUCGAUGACACCAACUUGUCCGACCAACUCUUAAAAAUUGACGUCUUCCAGCAGAUGCACAGCGUCCUCGACUUGCUGAAACAACAACCAAACAAGCAACAACACCAGCAAUUGAAGCUACAACAACAAUCAGCGGGAUCCCAUUGGAUGGCUGGUGAUGAUAGUGAUCUCAUUGUUGGGCUUACCGAGCAGCUGAACAACAACAACAAAACAGCAACAACAUCAAUAUCGUUACAACCACCACAAGCCGCAACAAUGACAACAACAAAGAACAACAACCUCAUUUUGAAGCGUUCGCUCAAGAGAUUUAAAUUCGGUUCAUUAAAGUUCAAAAACAUAUCAACGACGAACAAAAACACAACAACGAACAAAAACGCAUCAACAACGACCCAACAACAACAGCCCAACAAACACAAACUGCAACAUCAACAACAGCAACAACAACAACCUAACAACAAACCAAAAUUCGUUCGCUCAGCACGGGUGAGCGCUCCUUCUCAGGAGAGUACCGAUGCCUCCAACAACAACAACAACAACAACAAUGUUGACGUUUUCAACAACAACGACAGCAGCAACAACAUUUUUGUAGCAAUUGGCGAAAGAAAGGUGAUAAGUAAGAAGCAAUCAACAACGUCAGCCGUUAACAUACUCAUAUCGGCCACCAGUAACACGCUCAUCAACGUCUCAGACGGUGGCUGCAGCAGCCCGACCACAACAGUCAACAUCCUCCCACUCAAUAGCAUGGAUGCAACUUCAACAGCCACAACUUCAACAGCCACAACUUCAACAGCCACAACUUCAACAUCGCAGCAGCAAUUAAGCAGUAGUAACUGCAACGCCACCAGCAAUAAUAACAUGACAGCAACAACAACAACAUCAUUCUCAUCAACAACAACAACAACGACGACAUCUUUAUUACCACCCCUGACAUCCACAACAACCACAGCAGCUACAUCAACAGCAGCAGCAACUUCAUCAGCGACAACAGUAGUAGUCCAGAGACGAGAUGAUUGGCUGGCCCUAAGGGUGAGAAAAAGAGGAAGUGGUGGGGGUAGUGGUGGUGGCAGGGGCAUAUGGUCCAAAUUACCCCUCUGCUUCAAUGCCGGCUCCAUCGAUAACCCCCAAGAUAAUAAUAAUAAUAACAACAACAAAAGUGGUGGUGUUUAG